UCGCCAACAAGGACCAUAGCAGUCCUCGUUUUUCUGUGCGUAUUCGUAACUUACGAUAUUUACGCGAUCGCAUUUUUUUUACAUGUUACUGGAAUAGGUGUAAACUUUAAAUGAAUACAAAAAGUUUUUAAUUGUUUCUUACCAGUCGGGAGCCUUUAAGUUAACGAUGGACCGGUACAGAAAAAAAUAUAUACGCAAGGCGUUUCUUUUUCUUGCCAUUCUUGGAAUAACGUACGGACAAUUUGCAACUGGUGCAAGCUUUCCAGCAGAAGACAACGUGUCAACGGUCACUGGCGAAGUAGAGCCGCGUGAAAAUGAACCCGAGUUAGAGUUCAAAUACCAUGAUCACGAUGAGAUGACGAGGUAUCUUCGCGCAGUUUCAGCUCGAUACCCGGCUCUCACUGCCUUGUAUUCCAUUGGCAAGUCUGUACAAGGUCGCGACUUAUGGGUGAUGGUAGUCUCAGCGUCCCCGUACGAGCAUAUGAUCGGCAAGCCAGACGUCAAAUACGUGGCCAACAUACACGGAAAUGAGGCAGUCGGUCGCGAACUGUUAUUACAUCUUAUACAGUACUUGGUGACUGCAUAUGACACGGAUUCAUACAUAAAAUGGUUGUUAGACAAUACGAGGAUCCACUUGAUGCCGUCCAUGAACCCGGAUGGUUUCCUCAUCUCCCGCGAAGGACAGUGUGAUACAAUUCAUGGCAGACACAACGCCCGGCGUUACGACCUCAACCGUAACUUCCCAGACUUCUUCAAGGCGAAUACGAAGCAACCGCAACCUGAAACGGACGCAGUUAAGGAGUGGAUCAGUAAGAUCCAGUUCGUGGUGUCAGGAUCGCUGCACGGUGGCGCACUUGUGGCUUCUUACCCAUUUGACAACACUCCUAGUGCCAGAAUAUGCCAGUCAUCUGUAUUGUGUUCGGUUUUCCAAAGCUACGCGCACACGCCGUCCAUCGCACCUGACGACGACGUAUUCAGACAUCUUGCACUGGUCUACUCUAACAACCACGCCAAGAUGUCCCGCGGCGUGUCCUGCAAGUCUGGCUCACAGCGAUUCGACAACGGCAUCACUAACGGAGCAGCGUGGUACCCGCUCACAGGCGGAAUGCAAGACUACAACUACUUAUGGCAUGGAUGUAUGGAAAUCACAUUGGAAAUUUCUUGUUGCAAAUAUCCACCAGCGCACGAACUGCCGAAAUAUUGGCAAGACAACAAACAAUCGCUGAUAAAGUAUUUAGCUGAGGCGCAUCGCGGUGCCCAUGGAUUUGUCAUGGACGAGAACGGUAACCCGGUAGAGAGGGCGUCCGUGCGCGUUAAAGGCAGAGAUGUCACCUACCAUACCACAAAAUAUGGCGAAUUUUGGCGUAUCUUGCUACCAGGAACAUACAGACUUGAGGUUUCUGGAGAAGGGUAUUUGCCGCAAGAAGUUGAGUUCUUCGUCAUAGACAGCCAUCCCACCUUACUAAAUGUUACAUUGCAUUCAGCUAAGCGUAUCGACGGCGGCCCAUACUACCGGCCGGUGCAGCUGCCGCCGCGACCGCCGCCCGCACCCGCCGGCAUCUUCUCCACACUAACAAACUCUUUUAACAGUUUUGUCUCUAAUUUAUUAGGAUAGCUGCACGCAAAUAUUUAUUAGAGAAAUGUUAUAGAAAUAACCUAUAAAUAGGAUUUGAUUACUAGGCUGCCUUUGCAUCAGAAAUUCGCUAGGAUGUGGAUUUUAUAACCAGGUUCCCUUUUUUGUGUAGCUUGAACUCUAGUGGAAUAGGGUACAAUUGAUCAACUUUUUUUAUAGUCGAUGUACCGAGCGAUGCGUAGUGAUCCACCAGUCACAUUCAUUUUGAUAGCUUAGCUGAAUUUUUCAAGAUAAAUAUAUAGUUUCAUAACUUAAAUUUGCUCCUUCGCAUUACUAAGUAUAGCUUAGACAGGAUUAUGAAUCCCUUUUUAAUCAUUGUUGGUGCUGCGCUAAUAAAAUUUAACGAGCGAUAAUUAAGGUGGUCCUAGACAGCCAAGUUUCCAGACAAAAGCUAUCUGCAGAUAAUUGCACUAUUAUUUGUUCUACGAUUUAAAACAUAAAAUGUAUGACAAUAAUAUUUUUAUGGCAAUGUCAGAGCGGCCAGAGCCAACAGGGGUUUUUGUUGGUAUAUGGAAACAAUAGUACCAACUAAAACCCCUGUUGGCUCUGAUAACGAAGGUUAUCCGGUAUUGAAUUGUCACUAGUGUACGAACCAUUAUUUGUAAUACUCAAUAAUUCCUGGGCGUAUUAGGACACAAACACCCUCAAUAACUGCUUUAAUUUUUUUUUCGAAAAUUUAAAAAAUUCUAAUAAUCAUUUUUUUCAUGUAGAUCUACUUUAUAAAAAAAAAAAUAUGAAACGACAAGUCUGUCGGUUUGUAGUGACUACCAUAGUACUGAUUUAUGUUCCGUACAUUUGUGUCUUUCUUUUCAGUUAGAAAGUAACGGAAGAUUUCAAUUCAAAAUAAGUAAUCCUGUCCAAUUAGUUAUUAAGGCCUAAUGUAUCACCAUCACUAAGUUAUUACACCAAUAUGUACCUACCGAAUAGACGUAAGUCCUAACUCUUCUGCAUUUAAAUUUAUUUGAUUAAUGUGACU